AACGACUUUGACGCACCGAAACACCGACCGCAUCCCGUCCCCCCCUGCUUUUACCUCUUUCCUCCUCCCAAUCCUCCUCCACCUCUCUCUCUCUCUCUCUCUUCUCUCUGUCUCUCUCUCUCUCUCUCUCUUUUCUUCUGCCCAUCGCCCAACUCAUUCCGUCUCCGGUACUCUGAGCCUUUCGGGAUCUCAUCAAACAGGGUUAGGAUUCGUGUCGGAACGGUUUAAAGAUCGAGCGAGCGCCGGGGCCGUGCGGUUCUGGCCGGGAGGAAAGCUCGGUUCUUGAUUCUAGAGGAAUGGGCUGUCAAGCAGCUCAAUUUGUGCGAUCAGGCAACCGAUAAGCAUUGGUCCGGAAGUAACUGUUUGCCAGGCAAUAGUACAAGAAAUAUGCAUAUUCCAUUUUAUGCCCAAGCAGAUGCAGUCAACAAUGAUCAUCAGUUCUCAAGUGAACUUAUGGCAGCUGAUGCAAGGCCACCUAACACAGGCUAUGUGCUUGAAAAUGGUGAUGUUGGCCUUUCGGCUCGGACAUCUGAUUCUUUAAUGAGGCAUGAAUUUCAAAUUGAUUCUGGUUCCAGCAAAAGAGCCAAAGUCAACAACCGCAUAUUGGAUCCAGAAAUCAUGGAACUUUACUAUAGAUCCCACAUUCAGGAAGAAGAGAUCCUUCUUCUCCGUAAGCAAAUCACUGACGCUAGCAUUAAAGAACUUCAGUUACUUAAUGAGAAGCAUAUUUUGGAGAGGAAGCUUUGUGAAUUGCGGAUAGCACUUGAUGAGAAGCAGGAUGAUGCAAUAGCUAGUGCCUUGAAAGAAUUGACUAAAAAGAGAAGCUAUUUUGAAGAAAACUUAAGAUUGGCCAAUAAUCUUAAGGUUGUAGAGGAUGAGAUGUAUGUACUAACUUCGUCAUUGCUAAGUCUAUUAGCUGAAUAUGACAUACGACCCCCUUCAAUCACUUCUUCUACAAUCUCCUCUUGUGUAAAGCAAUUAUACCAGCAUAUGCAAUGGAAGAUUAGAUCUUAUGGUAAUUUUGGUGAUAUGAACCAUCUCUUAGGAAAUCAACCUGAUAACCUGGUGGUUGAUAAGAAGCUUCAACAUCCAAGUUCUUCAAGAAAACAAUUGCCUCAUGCUUAUGUGGAACCAAUGAUACCUGAGCUUCGCCCAUCUGAUCAAUAUCCUAUGAAUCUGCAUAGCAAAUCUGCUUCUAAUCAGUUGAGAGCUACCCAAGAGUAUGAAAGAAUGGAUAUAAAGGAUGCAAAUAUUGUUAAUGAGAAGCUAAGGGAUUUACCAUCUGAUAUUCAUAUGGAGGUUGGUGGUACUGGUGCUCCAAAUUCCUUUGAAGGUUAUGCUCAUGAGGAGACAAUUAGAUUACCAGAUACUGAUGCCCAAUUGCAUAUGGUGACAAAUCGUGGAUCCUUUAUUUCAGAAGCAGGUGAAUUUGACUUGCCAAGUAUAGAAGGGUUUCAGAUAUAUGGUGAGGCUCAACCAGGAUGUAAGUUACAAGCCUGUGGAUAUCCGACAAAUGGUACUACUCUUUGCACCUUUCAGUGGAUUCGUGAACUUGAUAAUGGCACUAGGCAGUAUAUUGAAGGAGCUACUGUUCCAGAAUAUGUGGUAACUGCUGAUGAUAUUGGCACUUUUCUUGCUGUAGACUGCACUCCCAUUGAUGACAGUGGCCGUCAGGGUCAUCUUGUGCGGCAGUUUGCCAAUAAUCAUAGCAAAAUAACAUGUGACCCAGAGAUGCAGCAUGAGAUCGAUGCCUAUAUUUCUGCAGGCAGAGCAAUAUUUGAUGUCAAAUUAUGGAAUGAUUCUAUCGACUGGGAACAAGCGGUUCUGAUCGUGAAACGUUCCACCUAUCUGAUUAUGAUCAAACAUACAGACAGAGUGGUAAUGGAAGAAAAAUAUUCACCCGAGCUAAAAAUCAAAGUUCCACUUGGGUACACAACCCAGUUUGUGUUGACCUGUUCAGAUGGAACUAAUCUACCACUUAGAACUGAUGGGACUAGUCAGCCAUAUAACUUGGAGAAUGAUGUUAGGAUACGUGAUAUGAUUGUGUUGACCAUGAGAUGCUUCCAGUCUAAGGCUGUUGAUGCUAAAAGAAAAGUCAAGGCCUAGAUGAUAUGGUACAAUUUUUUUUUUGUUUGAACGUUUAGAGGCAAGUAAGUGUACGGUCAACUUUUCUUUUUUUCUCUAUUUUUAAAGUGUUUUUUGUUUUUGAGUUUCAAUAAUGUGGGUUGUGUAUAGUUUUCUGCCAUGUGUUGUCAUAAAUUCAAGCAAGGAUUACGGUGAGAGGAUGGUUUUUUCAUGGAUCUGUUGUGUUCUUAAGCAAAUUAAAGUUAUUCUUUUGAUUAUAGUUC